AUGAAGUGGAUACUAGUAGCAACAGAAGUCUAUACCAAGUGGGUCGAGGCAAUAGCUCUGUCAACAGCAACCGGACAGGUGGUUGAAAACUUCAUCAAAGAAAAUAUCAUAUGCCGUUUCGGCAUACCUCGAGUCAUUUUAUCGGACAAUGGAACCCCCUUCAUCAACAGCAGGCUACCGCUCGCGCUCUGGGCAUACCGUACCACCAUGAAAGGAGAUAUAGGCACCACGCCCUUUUCUUUGGUAUAUGGUACAGAAACGAUGUUCCCAAUUGAGAUAGCAAUUCCUUCUGGAAGUCUAGCUGAGCGGAGUCAGCUGCAGUUUGACCCUCGGAUUGGGGAGCUCGAGGGACUUCAGGAGCAGAGGAAGCAAGCAAAGAGUAAGAUAGUGGUUUACCAGAGGAGGGUGGCUCGGGCUUACAACGUCACCAUUCGGCCUCGAGCAUUCCAAGAAGGCGAUUUGGUUUUGAAGUCCGCAAUGCAUAUGAUGCAGAACUUGUCUGCGCCAAAGUUUACUCCGAAAUGGGAGGGCCCCUUCGAGGUCAAGGCUGCCAGCUCUAGAGGGUACUACGACAUCGGGAGAAUGGGAAACAAUAAGAUACUGGGCACGUUCAAUGCCAAGUGGUUGAAGAAAUAUUAUUCUUAA